CGUCCAUGCAUUUGCACAUCUCUAAAAUUUGGCUAAGACGCUAAACAACGCAAAAGGAGAGAAUGAAAAUUUUGCUUUAUCUUGCGCCAAAAUAUAAUUAAAAGCUAUAAAAACAAUUAAAUUCAGACUGAAACACAAAAAGCACUACUAACGAUCCGUAUAGCAGUGAACACAUACCAAGAAAACAAUAAUAAUAUCAAAAUAACAGCGCAACGCGGCAAAGCGUGCGAAAAAGAGUUCACUCAGAAGAAGGUGGAGUAGGAGGUGGACUUUGAAGGGAAUUAAAAGCAAUUCAGUAACGUAAACAGUGAGUUAAAAAUGUACAGCCACCAUUAAUACACAAUAAAAGUGGCGUUGGUUUCGGAUUACACUAAUUACGAUCGGUAUUUACAAAACAUGCAGCAAGUGGACGAUCCACCAUCGCUGCCCGUCGGCACCGAGGUGAGCGCCAAGUACAAAGGAGCCUUCUGCGAGGCUAAAGUCAGUAAAGUGGUUCGCAACAUCAAAGUGAAGGUUGCCUACAAACAGGGCCUCGGCUCAGGUAUCGUAUCGGACGAUGCUAUCAAAGCGACACCUGGCCAGUUGCGCGUUGGCGCCGUCGUUGAAGUGCGCCAUCCGGAUCGCAAGGAAAAUGUGGAGGCGACCAUUACCAAAAUCCAGGACUGCUCUCAAUACACGGUCGUCUUUGACGAUGGCGACAUCACAACACUGCGCCGAACAGCGCUUUGUCUAAAGAGUGGCAGGCAUUUCAAUGAGAGCGAAACAUUGGAUCAGCUGCCGCUAACACAUCCGGAGCAUUUUGGCAAUCCGGUGGUAGGCGGUCGUCGCGGACGACGCCGCGGCCAGUUGAACGAUGGCAGCUCCGACGAUGAUGACGAAAGCGAUGCCAAGGAAGUGGUCAACGAAAAGGAGGAGCACAUUGGCAAAGUGGUUUGCGUUGAAACCGAGUCCAAGAAGAAGGACAAAGAGAAAUGGUUUCCCGCCCUCGUUGUGGCCCCCACAGCGCAGGUCAGCAAACAGGCUACUGUGCGGAUACGCGUCAAGGACGAGUAUCUGGUGCGCUCUUUCAAGGAUGGACGCUACUAUACGGUGCCCAAGAAAGAGGCAAAUGAGUUUACUCGUGAAAUGGCCAGCAAACAGGACGUGCCCGCUGUGAAGGCAGCUUUCGAAUUUCUCGACAGCAGCACAUUGCCUGCCCACUGGGAUCGGGACUCGCUGUUCGGCCUGUCCAAUCUAACCAGCGAUGAUGAGGGCGAAAUUGAUUCGGAUUCAUCGGACGACGAGCCACACGAGGAGAAAGAUCGCUUCGUUGCACAGCUAUACAAAUAUAUGGACGAUCGAGGCACACCAUUGAAUAAGGUGCCAUCGAUACAAAGUCGCGACGUGGAUCUGUAUCGUCUGUUCCGGGCGGUGCAGAAACGCGGCGGCUACAAUCGCGUUACCACCAAAAACCAAUGGAAAGUCAUUGCCAUGCGCCUGGGCUUCACGCCAUGUACUCUGAGUGUCAUGAAUCUGGUGAAGCAGGCGUAUAAGAAAUUCCUACAGCCCUACGGUGACUUCCAUCGCAAACUCGGCUGCUCCAUGCUGAUGACAUCGCGCAAUUCGAAUCGCAGCAAGGGACGCAGUCUUGUGCGUGCCAAUUCGGUUGCAUCGCCCAAGCCGGCGGACACCACCAAAAUGGAAACCAUAAGCAAACUGGCGGUGGCCAAUCAGACAACGAUUGCCGCCAGCAGCAGCAGCAGCACCAGUGCUGCUGCAACAGCAACAGCAGCCAGCAGUAGCGGAAGUGCAGCAACUGCCACGCCCGUACGCGCCGCCUCAACGGCCUCACAGUCGGCCACUGAGGAGUCGGAGAAUACCAGCGAGUCAAGCGUGGUCGUGGAGCCAGUUAAGAAGCAGCGCAAAGCAUCCGCUGCCAGCAGCGGCAAAGUCAAAAGUCUAGUGGAAAAAUAUGAGGAGAAAUCAUCGUCCGUUUCGAGCAUUGGGCCAGUCGCAACGGCUGCCCUUAACACCUCCAAUGUCAGCAGCUCAUCGUCUACAUCGACAGCUGCAGCAGCAGCAGCUGCAGCAACAACAACAGCAGCAGCAGCUGCUGCCACUGUCAAAGCCGAAGCUGAGGCCGAUAUGCCACUGGCAAAGAUCAAGGCUGCGGCCGCAUCAACGCGCAACAGCAUCGACAAGGAGCCCAGCGCUGGUGGCAGCAAUGCAUCCAGCAAAGCAACCUCGGAAACGCAACGCAGUCGGGAUGCAUCACCCACAGCUGCAACUGGAACAGCACCAACUGCAGCGGCAACAGCAACAAACACAGCCGCCACCACGAAAAAGGAGAAACAUCAACAACGCAAACAGGUGGACAAAAACGAAGAGAAACGCGGCAAACGCAAAAAGGACGAAAUAACGGUCGAGAAAAUUGAUACAGGUGAUUUUAUAGUCGGCAUCGGUGACAAAUUGAAGGUCAACUAUCACGAAAAGAAAUCACCCAGCUCCCAUGGCAGCACCUACGAGGCGAAGGUCAUCGAGAUCAGUGUUCAGCGCGGCGUGCCCAUGUACUUGGUGCAUUACACCGGCUGGAACAAUCGCUACGACGAAUGGGUGCCGCGCGAACGCAUUGCCGAGAAUCUAACCAAGGGCUCCAAGCAGAAAACUCGCACCAUCAGCACAAGCAGUGCCAAUAGUGGCGGUGCACCCGCCCAAGCCUCCAACACCACUGGCAACAGCAAUAAUAAUAGCGGCGGCAGCAGCAGCAGCAACAGCGGUCCCAACACUUUGCCACUUAAAGAUGGCUCCGGCAAAGCGGAGCAACAGCAGCAGCAGCAACAUCCAACUGGGCCGGGCACGGGCGCCUCUCUGCUUCACGGCUUGACCAAGACGCCGACCUCAUCGGCGGCGCUCACAACCCAAUCGGGUGGCAAGCGUGGACGCGGACGCAGCGACUCCAUGCCGCCGCGUUCCACAACACCCUCGUCGGUGGCCUCGAAUUCGAGUCGCACCAAAUCGCCAGCUGCUUCGCAGUCGCAAGUGGCACUGAAGCAUAAGCGACCCACGCGAACGCUGCCAAUGAGCAGCAGCAACAGCAGUCAGGCUCGUCGCAUCUCUGCCUCUGCCUUCAUCUCGGCAAACGUUUCGGACGCCUCAAUGGGCAGCGAUAGUGACACCGAUUCCGAUGAGCCAGUGCGUCGUCCCAAGCGUCUCAGUGCCAAGGACGCACAGCAACAGAGCAAAGCAAAGGCAGCUGCGUUCAGUGGCAAAAUGGCGGCAACGAUCAGACGCGCCACUGGCAACGACGAGAGCGACGACGACGAUGACGAGGAGCAGCAGCCGCAGCAGCCGCAGCAGCAACAGCAACAGCCGCCGCCAAGCAAGCAACAGUCGCAGGCUGCCCAACAGCAGCAGACGUCGACCAUUCAGCGCCCGCGUGCCGGCAAUCGUGCAAUGAGCAGCGGCGGCGCCGGCAAGGGGCGCGACUACGAUCUCAGCGAGAUACGUUCGGAGCUUAAGGGCUUUCAGCCGCAGCUGCUGGAGCGCAAAGAUGCCAUCAAGAGCGAGCCGAGCGAUGUGCAGACCAAGCAGGAGCCCAAAACGGGCAGCUCGACUGAGCAAUCAUCCGAGACGGACUCUUACAUUGACGAGGACUCGCAGUCCUCCGAGAAGUUGCCCUAUCGCAAGCAGCAGCAGCAGCCGGCGUCGUCCAGCGAUAAGCGAAGGACUGCAGCAAAUGCAGCAGCAACUGCAGAGCUGCAGCAGCAGCAGCCACAUGCUGGCGACACAACGACCAAGAAGGAGUCCGAAAAGCAGCACAUCAAACAUGAAACAUUCGCUGGCGAGGAUCGUAAGCCAUUCAAGACGGAGCCCAAGGAUGAGCCGGCAAAGCCAUUCCGUAGCGGUGCCAACAUAAGGCACACAACAACAGCAACAACAUCCUCAAUAAUUGCACCGGCGCGUUUUGGCGCCAACAGCAGCAGCAGCAGCAGCAGCGGCAGCGGCAGCGGCAACAGCGGCAGCGUCGAUGGCAGCACAGCCAAACUAAUUUCGUUUAUUAUGGAGAACACGCUGACCUUGACAAAGAUGGAUAAAACUGAGACGCCAACGAGCUCAGUGGCAGCCACAGCAACUGCAACUGCAGCAGCAGCAGCAGGAGUAGCAACACCGUCGCCCGCCAUUAAGUCGGAGCUGGCAAAGAAGCAGCAGGCAUGCAGCUCCGCUGCCUUGGAUACUGGCAAGAAGUUUGCUGAGCCAGUGCUGCAUAAGGAGACGGCGACAUUAAAGGUGGAACUGCCCGCUGCCUGUUCGCCCUCCUCCUCCAGUUCGUCCUCCAGCUCGUUCUGCUCCAGCAGCAACAAUUCGGCAGCGACGUCCGCCAGUCUGAGCAGCUCGUCGGCCACACGCUCAUUGCCGGACAUGAGCAAGCUGGAGAUAAGCAGCGGCGCCACAACAGCAACGACAGCGGCCGCAGCAGCCACAGCCACAGCUGGCGCGAGCAAGGAGACGAAAUACAGCAGUAGCGUUGGAGCAGCUGCAGCUGCAGCUGGAGCUGGAGCGGGAGCUGCUGCUGCUGCUGCCGCCGUUGGCAGUGGCAUCAACAAUAGCAACAUAACUAGCGGCAUCAAGCUGCUCUCCUCGGAUGUGUACGAGUUCAAGGACACGGAGCCCUUCGAGUUCGAAAAACGCAUCUCGCCAAUGGCCGCCAUGAGCUGUGGCGGCACCUCGGGCUUUGCCAGCAGCAGCAGCAGCAGCAACAGCAGCAGCGUGCCACCAACGGCAGCGCUAGCGAUUGUCAGCGCUGCGGCACGCAAGCAGGCGCUGAAGGCAAUCGCCUUGGCGCAGAGCAUCGAACAGCAUCAGCUGCCACAUGCGGCACUCGAGCCGGCGUCGCGUGGCUAUGCAGCAGCAAAUGCAGCAGCAACUGUUGCCGGCGCCACAGCAGGCGUCGCCACGCCGGGCAAGGCCAAAAAACGCGGCUCGCCGCUCAAGGAGGCCAGCCUGACGACCGCGGAGAAGCCGAAGCAACUCAAAUUAGAGCAACAGGCAGCUACAGCUGCAGCUGCGCAAUCCUCGCCAGCAGCUAGUCCCAACAGUGUCAAGUCAACGUCUGGAGCUGGCAGCAAGACAGCAGGCAAUGCAGCCGGAGCAACAGCUGCCACAGCUACGGCCGGCGCACAGCUAACGCCGGGGCAUCCACAUGCCACGCCGUUCGAUGUGCUGCGCAAGUCGCCCAGCUUCAACUUGAAUAUAAUGGCGCUUAACGAGGAGCUCGCCCAGACGGUGCAGGAGACCACGCGGGCGCUAACUGAUGCACUGCAGCCGCCCACAACGCCAGCAACGCCACCGGCCAUAGCGCCAACUCUGACAGCAGCAGCUGGAGCUGGUGCUGGUGCUGGUGCUGGUGCUGGUGCUGGUGCUGGCUCGUCUGGAUCGGCUGUCUUUACGCCAGUCAUCGCUGUGCCCGUCUCACCCAAGCUCAGCACUCCGCCGCAGGCGCUGGGCGCGUCCAAGACAACGCCACAGCAGCAGAUUGUGGGCAGUCCCUUCAUGGAGACGCGCAACGUCUUUGAGCUGAGCACCUCGAACGAGGGCAGCGGCUACAGCUCCGGCGAAUCGAACAAGGAUAACAAGCUCGAGAAGCUGGAGAACGUUAAAAUACUGCUGGCGGGCACCGGGGCCGGUUCGUUCGAUCUGGAUGCGGUCAAGUACGAGCAGAAGCCCACCUCCAUAGCCGACAAAGUUCUCAAGGCGAUCAGCCAAAAGAAGGAGGAGGUGGAGCAAAGCAAAACCAAAAUCCAAGCGGAAAGCAAUGCGGACAAAGAGGAACAGCAGCAGCAGCAGCAGCAGCAGCAACCACUGCAUCCGAGCAGCCUUAAGCUGGAGCCGAGCGCCAACAGCUCGGCCCUAAAGCUGGACACAUUGAAGCUGCUCAGUGAGCCGCUCAAGGUGCAAACCGGAAGCGGUCUGCCGUCGGUGCUCAGCGAGCUGUAUCAUCGGACGAGCAGCAGCAACAGCCCUGAAACGAAAUCCAUUUUGGAGGCCUCGCUGCCGGCAAAGAAUAGCGAACUGAGCGAAACCAUACAGAAGCUCGAGUGCGCCAUACAGCAGCGCAAGACGCCAGUGGCGGGUCAGUCGCUGGCCUCAUCUAUAGCUGGAACGCCGCCGGUAACGGCAACGGUGAGCGGCAAUGCCCACUUCUCGGACGAGUCCAUGGAUAGCACCGACUCGGAGCAGCGCCUGGUUAUUGAGGACGUAAUGGCCGAGGAGCCUAGCACGGUUAGCGAACUGAAGAGUCCCAUGUCCGAGGCCUCGGGCAGCCUGACGGGCAGUGCGCCGGUCAAACUGGAGCUGGCUGCUGCGGGCAGCAAACAGCUGACGGGCGUCCAGGCGCCCAUACCAUUGAAGCCCAUGUUAUUGCUGCUGCCGGAUAUGCCGCACGGCAUAAACACCUUCCCCAGCAAGGAGCAAUCCGCAGCAGCAACAACUCCAACAGCAGCAGCAGCAGCAGCAGCGGCGGCACCAGCACCACCUGCGCUGCCACCUGGCGUGCCCAUUGUGCUGCCCGAAAUCCCCGUCUCCGUGGUGGUUGCGCUGCGUCACAGUCCCGGCAGCGCCAGUCCCGCCUCACCGAAGCCGGAACCGAAGCUGCCAUCCAAGCAGAUGCAGCCCGUCGACGAUGGUGGCUUGCUGCUGAAGCCGUUCACGGCACAGGCCAGUCCGCCGCUGCCCGAAGCACUGGCAAUGGCGCUGGCUGUGGAGGCCAAAGCUGUGCCAUCGCCGCUGCCACGUCCGUUCGGACUGCAGGCCAAGGAGCUGCCCAUGCAUGUCUCGCCCGCAGCUGGCAGUCCCUUGAUCAGCGAGGCGUCGCACAGCGAGGCGGCCAUCAAUCUGCUCUGCGAGGAGACCAUACCGGGCAGUCCGGCACCCACUUAUACCAUGAAAGACGAGCUGAGCAACGGUGCUGGAAACGCUGGCCUGGCGACAGCCACAGUUGCCAGCAGCGCUGCCACAAGCUCGCCCAUCUGCAGCUCAGCGCUGACCAUACCGGGCAUAUCGCCCUUGCCGCCGGACACGCCGCCGCCGCCGCGCGCCAAUCAGACGACUCUGGCCAGCCAGACAGCGCCGGCUGCUUCGGUGUCGCCCAACAGCUCACCGGAAUCGCCGGCCAGCCAGGAUGACAGCAGCGAGGAGACGGGCAGCAGCAAGAAGCACGCCGAACUCGAGAGCAACGUGCUCACUGGCAGGCGCAAGCGACGCGCCAAGGCAAGCGAAUCGAAUGUCCAAGCCGCUGUCUGUCAGUUCCUGGGCAAGCGGCGCCGGCAGCAGAUCAACAGCAUGCGCAAGACGGCAACAGCCACGACAGCUGGCUCCGAUACGGAUGACACGGCCGAAAAUGUUGUGACCACGCAGCGUCACAGCACACGCCAUCAACUGUUGCCGCAGGGACAGCAGCAACAGCUGCAGCAGCAGCAGCAGCAACAACAGCAGCAGGAGCAGCAUCAACAGCAGCAACAGCAACAAAUGCAGCAGCAGCAGCAGCAACAACAACAACAGCCGGCACAAGCAGUUGCCAAUGCAUCGGGCGUUAGACCUUGUCCCUACAACUUCCUAGUGGAAUUGGAUCCCUCGCUCAGCGCGGAGCAGUGUAUAUUGAUAUUGCGCAAACAGAUACAGGAUCUGCGCAAGGCCUACAAUAGCAUCAAGGGCGAGCUGGCAGUCAUCGAUCGGCGCCGCAAGAAGCUGCGCCGGCGUGAGCGCGAGAAGAAGCAGCAGCAGCAGCUGCAGAGCCAGCAGCAGGGCAAAGUCUGUGCAUAAGUAAAUGCAAUCGGGAAUGCAAUACACAUAUACAUAUACUUAUGUAUAUAUAUGGACACAUACGCUAUAUAGAUUCAAACAAUUGUAUAUUUGUAUCGAUUUAAGUCCGUUCCGCUCCGCGUUCGUUGAACUCUCCAGCUUCUACUUUCACUUGGCGCAAUUACUAUUAUUAUUACACUUAUUUUAUUAUACUUCUAUAUAUAUAUAUAUAUUUUUUUUUUUGCGUCUCAGUAGUUUGUAGUAAUUGCACUUGAAAGGAGUUAUGCAGCAUUUGAUGGCCCCCAAUCGGCGUCGCUAGCCAUUUUAAAUAUAAACAAAUACAUAACUAAAUGCAAUGAUAAAUACACGCAAAGAAUGUAAUAGAAUAAAUGUUGUUAUUGGAUUGGAUUAUGUGUGUGUGUCUGUCUGGUUAGGAGACCGAGUAGCCGCCCUCCAGGUUGAUGUGAUGGCCAUUGACGAAGCUCGACUUGCUGCUCAACA